GCAUUCAUUGGAAACAUCACAGGCGCCAUUUUGUUAAACUAGGUUAGUUAUUGGAUGCAAACAAAUUGUACUUUAAUUUCACAAAGUAUUAAUUCAAUUUGAAAUAUUCUGGAUAUAUUUGAGCAACAGAAAGGUAAGGACAUGGCGAUUACUUGUUGGGCUCCCGAUUGUUGCCACAAUAAUAUGAAACAUGUAUGCAAGUUUUAUAGAUUUCCUCUAGAUUCAACGAUUCGGAAAAUGUGGCUUACUCUCUUAAGAAGAGAUGCAGAACCGGGUUCUGGAUCUAGAGUGUGCAGUUGUCACUUCCGAGAAGGGAACAAGAAUAAUCUUCCUGAAAUAUACAGCUACGAUAAAAGGAAAUUAGUUAAUGAACACCACUUCGCUCCAGAAUUGAUGAAAAAAGGGAAUAAAUGCACUCCGUCAGGUGAAUCAAGGCAAGGACAAAAGAUUGUUUGUUGGGCCCCAGGUUGUGACCAUAAUAAUAUCAGGGAGAAAUGCAAUUAUUUCCGCUUUCCUCAAGAAGAUAAGAUAAAGAAUAAGUUAACAAGAAGUACUGCAAGUCCUGAUCCCGAAGUUUAUAUCUGCAGCUGUCAUUUUGCUGAUGGAAAAAAAGAAAAUGGUCCUAGUCUAUUCGAAUGUAAUGUAUUUUCGUUAUUAGAUAAAACUACGCCAGAAAAAAAUCUGAAAAUUGAGGGACACAUUCAAAGUUCUAGGAAAUUAGAGAGUAUUACUGUUUGUGCUGUUCCAGGAUGUACUAGUAUGUCUUCUGACAAGUGUUUGGAAUUUUUCCCAUUUCCGCAAUCCAAAAUGAUAAGAUACAAAUGGAUCCAGUUUUGUGGGGUAGAUGCUAAAAAUCUAGAUACAAGGACAGCUCACAUUUGCUGCAAACACUUUGAAGAAAGCUCCUACAUAACGAAAAUUGAAAUAUUUGGGGAUAUAACAUACUUGAUAAGAGCUUUAUGUUAUGACGCUGUUCCAGUUAUUAAUAAUCCGAAUACGUCUAAAAUUUCAGUAGAAAUCCAAGAGAACCAUCAAGGGAAAUCUGGACAUAACUCAAACCAAAAGAGUGAGCAGCUAGAUACCAAUGUAUAUGGUGACAUUAGAACACAAGCGGACUUACACAAAUUGAAAAUAUAUAAUGAGCUUCUUAAAAAGAAAAAUAAACUGUAUGAAAUCAAUUUGAAAGUGAAUCAGAAAAGAUUAAAAAGAAAAGAAGCACUUUUAGCGUCACUAGAGUCACAAGUAUCUAAAACAAAUAUUUUGUACGGAGAUGUUCUAGCAAAGGUUUUCUCACAAAGCCAAAUUAAACAUCUUUGUGGUCAUAAAAAGACGCAUUGGACUGAAGACGAUUUAGCUGUUGGAUUUACCAUUAGAUAUUUAAGUAGUAGAACGUUUUACAAUUAUUUAACUAAUACUUUAAAAUUUCCAUUGCCAGCAUUGUCUACCAUUCAAAGGUAUAUUGUUGUAAACAAGAAAAAAAGUGGCGGUUCCGGUAGAUCUCUUCUUAAAAAUAUUAUUUAAAUUAAGUUAUACUUUUAUGUAAUUCAUUUAAAAUUUCUUAGCUCACAUGAACAUGAACAAACUUUGUUUCAGUGUACACCUUUUUGAUGAGAUUUUCAUUAAAUGAUUAAUCAAAUUUUGAAAUAACUGGAUCAAACAAUUCGUGUUAUUGUUUGAUGAAAUUAUUUCAUACAAAAUUUCAAUCUUACAUUGUUUCUGAAUGAGAUAUUAUAAUAAAACUUCCAGAUUCAGGAAAUUGAUAUACUAGGUAUUUAGUUAAGAGAGGGAACACAUCACUCAAUAAGUCGGUGACUAACUAAUAACACAUUUUUUUUUAUUUAUCAUUGAAAUCUCCUUCAAAAGCAAUAUAAUAAUUCCAGCGCUUCUCUAACUUCUCGAUGCCGUGCUUGUAGAAGGAUUUGUCUUUUGCCUCAAAAUAAGCUGCAGUUUCAACAAUUGCUUCUUCAUUUCAGCUGAAUUUCUUACCAGUUAACCUUUUUUUGAGAUCAGCGAAUAGCCAGUAGUCACCGGGGGUCUGAUCUGGAUUAUACGGUAGAUGAGGAAGCAAUUCGAAGUGUAAUUCGUUAAAUUUAACCAUGGUUGCCAUCUACUUGUGAAUCGGUGGAUUGUCUUGGUAAAACAGUGGUUUUUUCUUCGACAUAUGAUCCUUGAUUUUUGCAUUCAAAUGAUCCAACAAUUCCAUGUAGUAUUUGCUAUUGAUUGUUUCUCCCUUUUGGAGAUAGUCGAUAAACAAUAUUCCAUGUUCUUCCCAAAAUAUUGAAACCACAACCUUUCCAGCUGACCGUUGUGUCUUUGGACAUUUCGGACGUGGUUCACCAGCUGUAGUCCACUCAGAUUCCGGAGUGAGGUUAUGGAUUCAUGUUGUAUCCAUUCUCACAAAUCGACGCAAAAAAUCUAGUUAUUUUAAUUUACGAUUAGAUAUAAUCAAUUUUUGGACUUUUUUUAUGAUGAUUUCUGACCUCAAUCGGACGACCAGAACGUUCACCAUUAUCGGUAUCUGUACGGUCACGUUUAUAUUUAGCAAACCAAUAACAAACGGCUCUUUUCAAAGGUGCAGAGUAGUUUUGAAGUUGAGCUAGUACAGUAUUUUUUUGUAUCAAGAAGCAAUGAUAAAUUAACACAUGAAAUUGUUUUGAAAACAACAAAAGAGUAGCUUCAUUUUUUUCUGACCAAUCGAAAAGUCAUGAACGUCAUUUGGAUUUGACAAUGGCAACGCCAUCUGUGUCUCAGUCACACUACUUAUUGAGUGAUGUUAUAACUGUAUCUCAGAAUCAUACAAUUGAGAAAAAGGCUACUGGAAAUUAUUUUCGAAUUCCCAUCUCCGAUAGGGAGUAUAGGUUAAAAUAAUAACCCAAAAAAAUCAUUUUAUUACUGCAAAGUUAUAGUACAGCAAAAUUUAGAUAAUCUUAAUAAUUUUAUGUAAAUUUGCUUUACAUUGUGAAAUCACCAUAGUAUCACUGUAUCGGAAAGAAUGAAACAGUUGGAGUAGAUAGAGAAUAGUUUAUAGUAGAAUAGUGGAUGGCCACUUGAAAUUACCAAAGGCCGAUGUCUUUUGAAAAGCCGAUCAGGCGUUUUGGCUUGAACCUUUUGACUGUGAGUCCUAACUAGCCGAAGAGAGAGAAACUGCGGUUUCGCGUAGCUAGCACCGGAUUUAAAGUGGGUACAGUUUUACGGCAUUUGGAGCUAACUCGUUUAAUAAGCGUAGAACCAGUGGUUCUUGACAUCUUAACAUGAUUUAUCUGUACCUCUGGGUUGGAAGCCCUGGGUAGAGAAGUGUUAGGAAGUUGAGGCACCUUGGGAUCCGGGACCGUUAAACACUGAGCUGUAUCGGUAUCUUUGGGCUUCCUUGUUCUUUUUUUCUUCGCACUACUGAUGUUACGUAUUUUAACUGCAUCAUGUCAAAAGCACCAUCGGUCAGAGCUUCGACAUCGGUAGAAACUGAUGCUUUAGAAGUUCCGUGGUCGCUGUCGAGGAAAUUGAAAGCUUUCGGUGGGAAGAGGAGGAUUUGAUAUGGUCCCUGCUUUUGCAGGGCCCUUGGAAUUUUGUCGAGGUUAUUUGAUCCAGCUGAGAGGCCAUUUAAAAAGGCAUGCCUCGAAGAAUUUAUGGAUUCAUCAAGCCAAAUUUUGGACUUAGUGUGCCUGCUUUUACCCACGUUCCGUCAAUGUAAUAAAUUUUCCUAUUCCCUCUUCUAUAGGCCCUUACUUUCAUUAAACACUGUCGUUGCAUUAUACUAUUUUCGAUUUCUUGAACAAUAGACUAUUUCUCCUUUUUUGUUUUAAAUUUAAGCUGAGAUACAGCGGACUAAGUUUCUUAAUCAGACAUGUUAUACAGUAGGAAUUAAUUUAAAAAAUAUUGUUUUCCCUCCUAAGCUGUAAUAAAUAUUAGAACUAGAAAUUAAUACAAAAGAAAGAAAA